AGCAGCAGAUACGAUUCGCAGAUGGAAGGACAACUUAUGACUUCAGUUACAGCCCCUAUUUUAGAUCGUCGUAAUCAUACUACGAAAACGGCGAAUUUACUUGGGAUAGUUGGUACUGACGUAUCCGUUGAAGAAAUUCAGAAACUUGUGCCUCCUUACAAGUUGGGUGUAAAUGGGUAUUCCUUCAUAGUGGACAAUAAUGGCCGUGUUCUGUAUCAUCCAGAUUUACGACCACUGGUGAGUCUUCAAAGUAUUUCUCCUUAUAUGCAAAUGUACUUACACUGAGAAAGAGAAUCCGUGAGAUCAGUCGAAACGUAGUUAACGGAACUCCGCCUUGAGGUUGGAUACAGCCAAACAUAUACAAAAGUCGAGCCUGAGUAGCUAUGUAAUUGACAC